CCGGAAGUCAAGACUAUAAUACUGUGCGGUAUUGAGGCUCAUGUCUGUGUACAGGGAACCGCUCUCCAGGCGCUCGAAGAUGGCUAUGACGUGCAUAUAGUGGUGGACGGGUGUAGUUCCCGGUCAAUGGUUGACCGCAUGUUUGCCUUCGAGCGCAUGAAAGCCGCCGGCGCUUGGCUUACGACUAGUGAAUCAGUUAUACUUGGGUUAGUGGGGGACGCCUCCAGUCCUCACUUCAAGGAGUGUCAGAAACUGAUUAUGCAAUCGGCGCCCGACUCCGGAUUGCUCAGCCUUUUUUCGCAAAAACCCCAGACAUCAACUGUCGUGACAAAUGUGAAUGUCUUCGAAGCAAAGGUCAUACUAUUGGGUUUGGAGGGAGUGGUGGCUCCAAAUGAAUUAGAUAAUCAACUCUUCAUUCCAUACAUUCGUCAAAAUGGGUUCAAUUUUCUCAAACAAAACCGAAACAACGAUUCAGUCGUGAAUCUGAUCCCAGCACUGAGACAACUGUCAUAUCUGGAGCACUACCGCAACGGUUAUCCCGAGUGUCCCGUCAUUCUAGACGAAGACGAUAGUGAGGAUCAAGUGUUGGCUUCUGUUCACAAGUUUAUCGUUUGGCAAAUGGAUUUCAAACGCGAGUCCAAUGAAUGCCAUACUAUUCAACGUAUGGUCACUGAGGAGGGCCUGAAUGGGAAACACAUUAAAGUCAAUGUCUAUGAAGAC